GUUUAUCAGAUUCCAAUCUCCCACCAUCUGCCAACUGUCCUCCCCUACCGCCGAAUCCCGCCAAAAUUACACAUCCACCAGCCACAUGGCCGGGUCUCAUUGGCCCUUAUCAAAAACCCUGGCUUCCAGCACUGCACAGAAGUCCCGCUCUGCCUUCAAGGCCCCACUUUCCACCACCAAUAAUUGAUCAUAUUCUCCUCUCUUCCUAAUCCUCUCUGUACUCAAGCUGGCACCACUGUCUCCUUCCUUCUACACUUGUUCUACUCUUCUUCUACUCCUUUCCAUCCCUCCCCUUUCCUCCCUUAAAUCCUUAAACCCUAACCCUAGUCUCCACCUCUUGUAAAUACCCAAAACCCUGUUUCCCAUUUUCUCCUUUAUAUUUAAACCAAACACCCAAUUCACUUCACUGACCACUCUGUUCAUCUCAAACCCAAACAAUAACCAUGUUGCUACUACAGUUCACUUCCAACUCCAUACCGAUCCUCUGCUUCCUCUUAUUGAUUCCGAUCAUGACCAUCACCUCCGAUUCAAAGCCGCCCCCGUCGGUCUACGAAGUCCUCCGCGCACAUGGUCUUCCGAUGGGGCUGCUCCCCAAGGGAGUGACCAAGUUCGAAAUCGACGAGGGCGGCAGGUUCCAGGUCCACCUGGAUCAGGCUUGCAAUGCCAAGUUCGAGAGUGAAUUGCAUUACGACCGGAACGUGUCGGGUACUCUCAGCUACGGCCGGAUCGGAGCUUUGUCGGGUAUUUCGGCGCAGGAGCUUUUCCUCUGGUUUCCGGUGAAGGGUAUCCGGGUGGAUGUGCCCAGCUCCGGUAUCAUUUACUUCGAUGUAGGCGUUGUUUAUAAGCAAUUCUCGCUUUCGCUAUUCGAAACGCCGCCGGAUUGUACUGCCGCCACCGCCGAUGUCGAUGGCGGCAGGCUCAUCGUUGACGCCGUUUCCAAGAGUAAUUCGGGAAAACUGCGGUAUGGUCUUGAUCAAGAGCAACAUUUUGGGAGAGGUUUUGUGUAGAAAUUUUGGGGGAGAAAUGUGAUAAAGAAUUGUGGGUUAUACAAAGAGAGUCUGGGAUGGGUUAGUGUGUUUUAAAUUUUUAAAGGCCGGUGAAUUCGAUUUGAACCAGAGAUUGGACGAGGCAGAGAGAGGUGUGUUACAAAAGAUAUGAAGACCAAAUUCAGGUAAAAACCUUGAAGGGCUCUGUUUCCAUUGUCAGAGAGGUUUGAACAGAGGUUCUGUUCCACAAGUUCUUUCCAAAGUUUGCUUUGCUUUGUAUUUCUGGUUUACUCUGACAGGUUCUGGGGUUUUGGGUUUUUGCUUCUCUUUUUCUCCUUGUCAUAGCCUCGUAGGCUUGUUCUUAUUUGCUUUCCACGUUUUCGUUUGUUUGAUUCUGUUGCUAUCCUAUUAUCUAGUAGUAGAGUUGGAGACUAACAGUGUAGGGAUUCAUGCGACUGCAACUUAACAAACUCAUAAGCUUCAGGCUGAAGUGUGUGUAUUGAGUUCUGGACCACAUACUCUGAGACUGGUCAAACAAUUUACUGAGAUGUUGGUGUGGCUUUCUUGCAUUUCCAAUAUGCACAUUUCAUUUUAUGACCAUAGUGAUCCCGAGUUUAUGAAAAAUCUAGAGACUUGCGCGAUUAGAACACAGAAGCUCUCAUCAACACCGGAGCAAUAGAACUCAGGCGUUUUGAGUUUAUAAGUCGAUGCCGGUCGUCAUGUGUAAUAACAAAAUUACGGGUUUUCUUUAACACCAAAUCCAAGCCGACGGACAAAGAUUACAGUAACGUCUCGAUUCACAGCCCUCUUCAACUCGAAAGUUAAUUUCGCUCAUGAUAUGAUUAAACAAGCCUGCUUCCUUGUGUUAGCGGAUAGCUUCGAAUCGCCUUCCACUUCUAUUGAAUCUCA